AUGUCAGAGAACGAUUUAAAAGUUCAGAUGUUCGCGACCAACAGUGUUUUACAAGAAAAUGCAACAGCGGAAAAACUGCGUUAUGAUAUCCAGGAUUUAGAACGAUGGCGCGAUCGUAUCUACGCGUCGAUCCGACGCAGCGUCAUAGUCACACCAAAUGGUAAAACAAAGCCGUUAACUGAAAAAGAUGGAAUCGAUAUAUUGGAAAAUAUAGUAGAGGCUAGCUCCCUGUCACCUAAUUCAAAUGUGUACGGUGACCUUCACAAUUUAGGACAUACUGCUAUUUCUUAUUGCCACGAUCCGGAUGCUCGUUAUUUGGAAUGGGCUGGCGUCAUGGGUGAUUCAGCAACCGCUAUGAGGGAUCCAAUAUUCUACAGAUGGCACGCUUUCGUUGACGAGAACAACACCCUAAUCUCGCAACAAUUCUGCUUUCGGGCCAACUACUCCACUAUCCACCAAGCCCUCAGACUGCAGGAAGACAUUGCACUAGAAGUGAACAAGUCCUGUGGCUCUAGUCUUGCUAGACCUCCAAAAGGCCUUCGACACUGUCUGGCACAAUGGACUCUUGCUCAAACUACAUCGUAUCAACCUACCUAA